AUGAAGCUAAGGCCAUACAAUAUUCCAACUGCAGAAUGGAGGAAGUUUGUUAAACUAAAGACAAGCCAAGAGUUCAAGCAAAAGGCCAAUGAGUUCAUUCAAUCUGAUACUCUGUUGUCGUCGUUUUCUAACCCAAAAGAAGACUGCCUAGCGCAAAUAUUAGGACCUGACAACCAUGGACGACUCAGGGCAAUGGGUCACGGAAUGAGUAUGAGCAAGCUUGCUUGUUUCCAGGUGAAGAGCAAGUAUGUCACAGAAAUGCAACAAGCUCAGGUUCAAUUGCAGCAGCAAGUCCAUGAAUUACAGGAGACUCUUGCGAAAAUAAUAGCCACGUAA